AUGGACACGCAACAGCUGUCUCACGACCCCGCCUCUUCGCUCUUUCCGUCCCUCGAGUUUCUUCGCGCGGAUGGCCGCCGUCCACACGAGUUACGGGAACUGCAUUUCUCGACCUGUGUUCCGUCUCUGCUUCCGUCGUCCUCUCGCGCUUCUUCCGCCUCUGCCGAGCUCCGAACAACGUCUGCCUCAGACCCCGACUCUUCAGGGGAGCACGAAGAGGACAACCUGGCGCCGUUCGUCUCGGCCGGCGUCGGCACGCAUGCAGACGGCCGCAGUUUGGUGUCCUUCGGAAGCACGAAAGUGGCUGCGUUCGUCUUUGGGCCCCGGCCCCUUCCCUCGGGAGCUGGCAACGCAGGGAGUCGCGCCUUGGGCGCCGCGUCUGGAGGCGGAGGAUGGAGCGAAAGAGGCGUGCUCGACGAUGGCAUUGAAACCUCUGGGGGAGCGGACAGCCUGCUGGGCCAAGGGGGCGCUGGCCCCGGAGGAGCGCCGGAGCGAGCGUCGCUGAUUUGUCGCGUAGGCAUUGCACCCUUCAGUGGCGACUGGCGCGCAGACGUGGCGCGAAGUGGAGGAGCUGCAGAGGAGCACGAAGUCGCUCUAGGUGUUCGGAAAGUCGUGGAAAGUGUGCUCCUCGCAGACGCCUUCCCUCGGUCCCUCAUUUGUCUGUUCGUCCAUGUCGUUGAAAACGACGGAGGAAUCUUGGCGGCCUCCAUCAGCGCCGCAAGUCUCGCCCUUAUCGAUGCAGGCAUUGCUACGAAGGACUUUGUCGCGGCGAUGUCGUGCGUCUACAUGCCUCGUCAGCUAACUCCUCUUUUGGAUCCUCCUCGAGCGGAGCUUCAGACGGGGGCUCCCAGUCUGACACUGGCGAUGCUGAUCUCUUCGGAUGAGACGGGUAUCAGAGAAUACAUGCAGCUCCAAGGCUGCAACGCCACGGUGGGAGAGGGGGCGCCUCUGGCUGAUAUGCUUGAGCUGGACGGGGCACGGGACCUAGAAUGGGAAGCGAGAUGUACCAAGCUUGCGCAGCAGGAUGCCGAGAAGUUGGGGAGGCAAUGA